AUGGCAAGCCUGAUGAGCCAGAGUCUCUUGACCUAUGUGGAAGAAGGAAAUGUUCCUGCUCUGAAAGCACUUCUGGAGAAGUGCAGGGAUGUGGAUGAGAGAAACGAGAAUGGCCAAACUCCUCUCAUGCUGGCUGCUGAGCAAGGCAAUUUAGAAAUUGUCCAGGAGCUUCUCAAGAAGGGAGCUAACUGCAACUUGGAAGAUGCAGAUAACUGGACAGCUCUUAUUUCAGCAGCUAAGGAAGGACAUGCAGCUAUUGUAGCAGAGCUGCUCAGUCACAAUGUCAGCUUGGAGCACCGGGAUCUGGGAGGAUGGACAGCCCUGAUGUGGGCCUCAUACAAAGGCCGGACCGAAGUCGCUAAGCUGCUGCUUGAGAAAGGAGCAAAUCCAAACAUCACAGGAAUGCAAUACAGUGUUUACCCAAUCAUUUGGGCAGCAGGACGGGGCCACGCAGACAUAGUGCAUCUCUUACUGCAGCAUGGAGCUAAAGUCAACUGCUCUGACAAAUAUGGAACAACCCCACUGGUUUGGGCAUCCAGGAAAGGUCACCUGGAAUGUGUGAAAUACUUGCUGCAGAUGGGAGCUGAUGUGGAUCAAGAAGGAGCUAACUCGAUGACGGCACUGAUCGUGGCGGUGAAGGGAGGCUACACGGACUCGGUCAAGGAGAUCCUGAAGAGGAACCCAAAUGUCAACCUGACAGAUAAAGAUGGAAACACAGCUUUGAUGAUUGCAUCCAAGGAGGGACACACGGAAAUUGUCCAGGAUCUUCUUGAUGCUGGAACCUAUGUCAACAUUCCUGACAGGAGUGGAGACACAGUGCUGAUUGGGGCUGUUCGAGGAGGCCAUGUUGAAAUUGUAAGGGCCCUGCUCCAUAAGUAUGCUGACAUAGACAUCAGGGGUCAGGAUAAUAAAACUGCUUUGUAUUGGGCAGUGGAGAAAGGAAAUGCUACAAUGGUGAGGGAUAUUUUGCAGUGCAACCCUGACACUGAAACAUGCACAAAGGAUGGAGAAACACCACUUAUAAAGGCAACCAAGAUGAGGAAUAUUGAAAUUGUGGAGCUUCUUCUGGAUAAAGGAGCCAAGGUCUCAGCUGUAGACAAGAAGGGAGACACUCCCCUGCACAUUGCCAUCCGCGGCAGGAGCCGCAAGCUGGCGGAGCUGCUCCUGAGGAACCCGAAGGAUGGUCGGCUGCUGUACAGGCCCAACAAGACAGGAGAGACACCUUACAACAUUGACUGCAGCCACCAAAAGAGCAUUCUGACCCAGAUAUUUGGAGCCAGACACUUGUCUCCCACGGAGUCGGAUGGGGACAUGCUGGGCUAUGAUCUGUACAGCAGUGCUCUGGCUGACAUUCUGAGUGAGCCAACCAUGCAGCCACCCAUCUGUGUGGGCUUGUAUGCACAGUGGGGCAGUGGCAAAUCUUUCCUGCUCAAGAAACUGGAAGAUGAAAUGAAGACUUUUGCAGGCCAGCAGAUUGAACCUCUGUUUCAGUUCUCCUGGCUGGUGGUGUUCCUCACCCUUUUGCUCUGUGGAGGCCUGGGUUUGCUGCUGGCUUUCACUGUGGAUGCCAAGCUGGGCAUCGCUGUCUCGCUCAGCUUGUUGGCAGUGCUCUACAUUUUCUUCACUGUCAUCUACUUCGGUGGCCGCCGAGAGGGUGAGCGGUGGAACUGGGCCUGGGUGCUGAGUGCCAGGCUGGCCAGGCACAUUGGCUACCUAGAGCUGCUCCUCAAGCUCAUGUUUGUCAACCCACCAGAGCUGCCAGAGCAAACCACUAAAGCUUUACCUGUCAGAUUUCUGUUUACAGACUACAAUAGACUCUCCAGUGUAGGUGGAGAAACUUCCUUGGCUGAGAUGAUUGCUACCCUCUCUGAUGCCUGUGAAAGGGAAUUUGGUUUCUUAGCAACGAGGCUAUUUCGGGUGUUCAAGACAGAAGACACCCAAGGUAAGAAGAAGUGGAAGAAGACUUGCUGCCUGCCAUCCUUCGUGAUCUUCCUCUUCAUCCUGUCCUGCGUGGUGUCUGCCAUCGCCCUGCUGGCCGUGUUCAACGUGGAGCCAGCCAACAUGACAGUGAACGUCAUCCUCAUCACCGUCACCUGCGUGGUCGGUGUCGCCUUCCUCCUCAACUGCCGCACCUGGUGGCAGGUGAUGGACUCUGUCCUCAAUUCCCAGAGGAAACGUCUGCACUGCGCUGCCUCCAGGCUGCACAAGCUGAAGAGCGAGGGCUUCAUGAAGGUUUUGAAAUGUGAAGUGGAGCUGAUGGCCAAAAUGGCAAAAACCAUUGACAGCUUCACUCAGAACCAGACCAGGCUCGUGGUUAUCAUUGAUGGACUGGAUGCUUGUGAACAGGACAAAGUUCUGCAGAUGCUUGAUACAGUGCGAGUCUUGUUUUCCAAAGGCCCUUUCAUUGCCAUUUUUGCAAGUGACCCUCACAUCAUCAUCAAGGCCAUCAACCAGAACCUCAACAGCGUCCUGCGGGACUCCAACAUCAACGGCCACGACUACAUGAGGAACAUUGUCCACCUGCCUGUCUUCCUCAACAGCAGAGGCCUCAGCAAUGCCAGGAAGCUGAUGGUGGCUUCCACCACCAAUGGGGAUAUUCCUUAUGGAGACAGUGCAGGACUGCAUGAAGACAUUGAUAGGAGAGUUUCUCAGAACAGUCUUGGAGACAUGGCCAAGCUUGGUAGCAAAACUGCCCUCAACAGGCGGGAUACUUACCGCAGGCGCCAGAUGCAGCGCACCAUCACCCGCCAGAUGUCCUUUGAUUUGACCAAGCUGUUGGUGACAGAGGACUGGUUCAGUGAUAUCAGUCCCCAGACCAUGAGAAGGCUGCUAAAUAUUGUUUCUGUGACAGGUCGCUUACUGAGAGCUAAUCAGAUCUCCUUCAACUGGGACAGACUGGCCAGCUGGAUCAACCUGACAGAGCAGUGGCCCUACAGAACAUCCUGGCUCAUCCUGCACCUGGAAGAGACUGAAGGUGUCCCAGAUCAGCUGACUUUAAAAGCCAUCUAUGAGAGAAUUUCCAAGAACAUUCCCACCACUAAAGAUGUGGAGCCCCUGCUUGAAAUCGAUGGAGACAUCCGGAACUUUGAGGUGUUCCUGUCCUCACGAACCCCUGUGCUGGUUGCCAGGGACGUCAGAACCUUCCUGCCCUGCACUGUCAACCUGGACCCCAAGCUGCGGGAAAUCAUUGCAGAUGUUCGUGCUGCAAGAGACCAGAUGAAUAUUGGAGGCCUUCCUUACCCCACACUGCCUUUACAUGAGGCACCUGCUAGAGCAACAUCCCUGUUCAGCCAACCUUCCUCAGCCUGCUCUUCUACAACCUCUUUCAAUGGACCUUUCAACAGUGGAGUCCUGUCCCCACAGCCUCACAGCAGUUACUACAGUGGUAUGACAGGACCUCAGCACCCCUUCUACAAUCGGCCAUUCUUUGCCCCAUACCUUUACAUGCCAAGGUACUACCCUGGCACUUCUCAUCUCAUCUCACGUCCACCACUAAAAUCGAGUUUGUGCAGAGAUCAGAGCAAUGGCCUAGAUGUUAUCAAGGAGGAUGCUGCUGAGGGGCUUCCUUCACCCACAGAGCCCUCAAUGCUGUGUAAGCCUGGCUUAGCCAGACAGGUACAGCCACUCUCUGGAGCAGGCACAGGAUCCACUGCAGGAGCAUCCCAGGUGUCUCUCAGCAGCAUGAGUGUGGAAGCUGUGUGUGAGAAGCUGAAGCAGAUUGAUGGGCUGGAGCAGAGCAUGCUGCCUCAGUACUCUGCUACCAUAAGAAAGGCAAACAUCAAUGGUCGAGUCUUGGCUCAGUGCAACACUGAUGAGCUGAAAAAGGAGAUGAACAUGAAUUUUGGUGACUGGCACCUCUUCAGGAGCAUGGUGCUUGAAAUGAGAAGCUCAGAGAGCCAGGCUGCUCAGGAGGAUCCUCGUGGCACAGCUGAGCACGGCCCCAGUGCCAUCCCGCACGGCGAGCUUGCUCGGCGGCCUGGCCACGGCACAGAGCUGCCUCACACGGAGCUCACAGGACUUGCUGGCCAAGCUCCGUACACACUCAACUUCAGCUUUGAAGAACUCAACACAAUCGGUCUUGAUGAAGCUCCUCCACGCCACAGCAACUUAAGCUGGCAGUCCCAGACUCGUAGAACUCCAAGCCUCUCAAGCCUGAACUCCCAAGAUUCCAGCAUUGAAAUAUCCAAGCUGACUGACAAGGUGCAGGCAGAGUACAGAGAUGCGUACAGGGAGUACAUUGCUCAGAUGUCCCAGCUGGAAGGCGGUGCCAAUUCUACUACAGUCAGUGGUAGGUCCUCCCCUCAUAGCUCCAGUGCUUUCUACAUGGGGCAGAGCACCUCAGGGGGCUCCUUGCAUUCCAGUGCAGAGCAGGAGAAAGGGAAGGAUGGUGAGCAGAAGCAGGAUGAUGGAAGGAAGUCCUUCCUGCUGAAGAGGAAUGAUGUUGCUGAUUACAGUACCUCAGGGGUUUCUACCAGCGAUGCAUCUCCUUUGGAUCCUAUUACUGAGGAGGAUGAAAAAUCUGAUCAGUCUGGUGCCAAGCUUCUGCCAGGAAAGAAGUCCUCUGACAGGACCAGCAUUUUCCAGGCUGCAGAUCUGAAGCUGAAGGGAGUCUCUCUGCGCUACCAGAAGCUUCCAAGCGAUGAGGAUGAGUCAGGAACUGAGGAAUCUGAUAAUACUCCGCUUCUGAAGGAAGGGAAGGAUAAGAAAACAGAGAGCAAACCAGAGAAGCAGCCCAAGUCUCCAGAGCACGGAUCUGAACCCAUCAGAACCUUCAUCAAAGCAAAGGAGUAUUUGACAGAUGCCCUUCUGGAUAAAAAGGAUUCCUCUGACUCCGGAGUGAGAUCCAACGAAAGUUCUCCGAAUCAUUCCCUCCACAAUGAAGGAGCAGACGACUCACAGCUGGAGAAGGCCAAUCUCAUAGAGCUUGAGGAUGACAGCCACAGUGCAAAGAGAGGGAUUCCACACAGCCUCAGUGGCCUGCAGGACCCAGCUGUGGUCCGCAUGUCCAUCUGCUCCGAAGACAAGAAGAGUCCCUCGGAGAGCAGCCUGCUAGCAAGCAGCCCCGAGGAGAGCUGGCCAGCUUGCCAGAAGGGCUACAACCUGAACAGAACCCCCAGCACUGUGACCUUGAACAACAACAGUGCUCCAUCCACCCGGGAUAACCAGCCCUUUGAGGAGCUCCAGGCUACCAGAGAGCCCCCUCAGAUCCUCCUGCACCCUGGCUCGGGCUCCAACCCCUCGGUGGUUCAGAAUGAGAACCUGAAGAGUGUGGCCCAGAGGCGCGGGCAGCGUGCCGCUUACAGCAGGCUGCCCAAGGAUGCAGCUGAGCUCCACACAGUCAUGGCCUCAGAAGGGGCUGGCUUCGGGGAGGAGAGGGAGAGCAUCCUCUGAGGGGCAGCCAGGGCAUGCCCAGGAGUUGCAGCUUGCUUGCAGGUCUUUGUCAGUGUGUGGUUGAGCUAAGCUCUGUAGUUGAAGCUUGAAGUGUGGUCCUAGGAGGCGUAGAGAAUUUCCAGCCCUUGUCUUAGAAGCAAAUCAUUUGUCCACUUCAGACCUUCCCCCCAGCUAUCAGCAGUGCUCCUCAGCGUGGAGAGGGAGGCCUUUGCUAAGGCACUGCAGUGGUGUGGUGAGGGACAGAAGGUAGAGAAGUGCA